GGCGAUUUUCCACAACCCUGUCCAGAGGGUGCUUGGCCUUCUCGGCUUGCGACAUGCCGCAGCUGCCACAAGCCGAGGAGCCAUCACUGCGGGAGUCCUUGCUGGAGCUAUGGCGCGAGGCUGUGCCGGUGGUUGCCAGCAGCACACUGAUGGUGGCGUGCAUGUUUACCAACACGCUCUGCGUGAGCCAAGUGGGGAGCCAGUCGGAGAUUGGGGGCGUCGGCCUGGGCAACAUGAUGCAGAAUUGCCUGGUGGUGCUCUGGGGCCUCGGCAUCUGCAGCGCGCAAGACACCCUGGUAGCCGCCGCCCACAGCGCCGGCAGCUCUGAGCUCUGUUGCCACUAUCUGCAGAGAUGCAGGGUGAUAUGCACCUUGCAGCUUCUCUGGAUUGUGCCCUUCUUCUGGUUCUCCGACCGCAUCUUAGCGAAAGGAGGCCAAGAUGCCAUGGUGGCCCAAGUGGCAGGCGACUACAACCGCAUCACACUCCUCGGGGUCUUCGGCAACUUUAUGUACCAAAGCAACCUCGCCUUCUUGCGCAACAAGCGCAUGCCGUGGCUCGGCAUGUGGAUCGCAGUGGUCACUAGCGCCUUGCACAUUGCCUGGGCCGUCCUCUUCAUCAUCGUCCAGGGGAUGGGGAUCCAGGGAGCAGGUUGGGCCAACGUGGUCACAUGGACGAUCCAAUUCCUGUCAUCCUCCGUGGUCAUUCUCUGCAUGAAGCGGCGAUUGGAGGGCUCAACCUGGGAGCUCUUGUUCACUUUGAAGGAGGGCUUCCAGCAAUGGAGGAGCUACUUGGAGGUGGCCGUUCCGAGCACCAUCCAGAUCUGCAGCUGCUCCUGGUUCUGGGACAUAUGCGCCAUGGUGGUGGGGUUGCUGGGCCCCGCGGCCUUGGCGGCGCAUGUGACCACCAUGAACUUCGUGAGCUUCCUGGUGCAGCCGCUGAUGGCCUUGGGCGUGGCCGUGUCCAGCGUGGUGGGGAACUGCAUCGGUGCGCGCGCGCCCAUGAGGGCGCGGCGCACGGCCUGGCGUACGGUGGGCCUGGCCUCCUUUUUGUGGACCUCUUCCGCGGUGAUCCUCGUGCUGCAGCGCGAGGCCGCGGCGCAGGCGUUGACCAAGGAUCUGGAGACCAGAGAAACCGUGGUUCUGCUCCUUUGCAUCUACUUGGUGGCCGGCUGCUUCGACAUGCCCGCGUGCAUUAUGGCAGCCGUGCUCCGGGGGUUGGCGGAGCCCAAAGUGCCGGCGGCGACCUACUUGAUUUGCUACUACCUGCUCAUGCUGCCCUUGGGGAUCGUUUUCUGCUGGCCCUUGCACCUGGGGGUCGCCGGCGUUUGGUACGCCAUGGUCGUUGGCACCUCCGUCACCUUCACCGUGAUGUUCCGCACUUUGUGGCGGGUGAACUGGACCCGCUGUGCAGACAUGGCCCAGCAACGGAUGGAGGCAGACAGCCCCAAGAGCGCGAGCACCGCGAGCACGGCGGAUUCCGAAAACAUUUCGGCCGUGGCUGAGGGGGAGAACGAGUCAAAGUUAUGAUUUGUUUGGCCGGGU